CCGCCGCCGCCGCCGCUUCUCCAGUCUCCACCCUCCCCUGCGCUCACCACUGCCGCCGCCGCCGCCGCCCGCCGUCGUAAUGUCCGGGAGGAAGAAGACGCGGGAGCCCAAGGAGGAGAACGUCACCCUCGGCCCGACCGUGCGCGAGGGCGAGCACGUCUUCGGCGUCGCCCGCAUCUUCGCCUCCUUCAACGACACCUUCAUCCAUGUCACCGAUCUGUCCGGGAGGGAGACGCUCGUCCGCAUCACCGGUGGUAUGAAGGUUAAAGCCGAUCGUGACGAAUCUUCACCUUAUGCAGCUAUGCUUGCGGCACAGGAUGUUUCUCAAAGAUGCAAGGAGCUUGGAAUAACUGCUUUGCAUAUUAAACUUCGUGCUACUGGUGGAAACAAGACGAAAACCCCUGGUCCUGGUGCUCAGUCUGCCCUUAGAGCACUUGCUCGAUCUGGCAUGAAGAUUGGUCGUAUUGAGGAUGUUACUCCAGUGCCGACUGAUAGCACACGGAGAAAGGGUGGUAGAAGGGGCAGGAGGCUGUAAACGGCAUGUAGCCUCAAGCCGACGACACUGUGUUCUCUCAGAUGUAACUGUCUGCAUUGGACUAUUUUUGUUUCUGUGCUUUUCGUUUGGGUUUUUAUUUCAACCAAUUUUGAAUUGUCGUUUUUUUUUCCAUCAAUGCACGCCGUCCUCAAUGUAACCAA